AUGGUACCGAAUUAUAGUCGAGCAAAAGAAGCAGCGAUCAACAUCAUGAAUUUAAAUGCUCGUCGAUCUCGUAUUGAUCCAGAUAAUGAACAUGAAGGACUAACUGUAAAAAACGUGAACGGUUCGUUGGAAUUCGGAAAUGUUGGAUUUAAAUAUCCAUAUCAAAAGAGAAGACGUGUUCUCAAGAAUUUCUCUCUAACAUGUGCACAAAGUCAAACAACAGCCAUUGUUGGUCCAAGUGGUUCGGGCAAAUCAACAUGCAUCGCUCUAUUAGAACGUUUCUAUGAUCCUCAACAAGGUACAGUGUUUCUCGAUGGACAUGAUUUACGAACAUUGAAUGUUCAAUGGUUACGUUCAAUUGUCGGUCUUGUUGAACAAGAACCAAUUCUUUUUAAUCGUUCUAUUCGUGAAAACAUUGCCUAUGGAGAUACGACAAGAACUGUCACUGAUGCCGAAAUUGAUGAAGCUGCUCGACAAGCUGAUAUUCAUCAUUUCAUUACUCAACUAAAACAGGGAUAUAAGACGAAAUGUGGUGUUAGCAGUCAAGUUCAAUUAUCCGGUGGUCAAAAGCAGCGAAUUGCUAUUGCUCGAAUGCUCAUUCGUCGUCCUAAAAUCAUUCUUUUUGAUGAAGCAACAUCUGCACUUGAUGUCAGAGUUGAACAGAAUAUUCUGCGUGAACUUAAUCAACUACGACAAGAUCGAACUUGUGUGACAGUGGCUCAUCGGCUCUCGACUAUUCGAAAUAGUGAUAAGAUAGCUGUACUGGUUCGUGGACAAUUAGAGGAAGAAGGAACUGAUGAACAACUUUCAGCUAACCCACAAAGUACCUAUGCACAAUUGCUUCGAGCAUCGGGACUUGAUCGAACAAGUUCAUCAAAUCCUGAUGAUAUUAGCAGUCAGAGUGAACGCUUCUAA